AGAAAAACCAAAAAAGAAAUAUUCUUUCUCCAAGCAACACGUUGUUUCCAGUUUCUUCAUCGCUCACAUUUCUCUUCUCCUCUGCGCGCGAGGAUGCAACUGGACGAUACAACCGAUACGACGACCCUCAGUUAUUGGUUAAAUUGGAGGGUCUAUGUAUGUGUAGUUUCUGUUUUGCUGCCUAUGGUUCUUGCGUGUCUAACAAUAUGGAAGCGUGAAAGUUCAAGGAACCUAACAUUUGACAAAGGAGAAAACCAUCAAGACAGGAAUUUGUGUGGCGAUGAAGCAUGGAAACCAUGCCUUAAGGACAUUCACCCUGCUUGUUUGCUAGCUUUUCGAGUUAUUUCAUUCUCUUCUCUUUUGGCAUCGCUAAUUGCUAAAAUUCAUGUCAGUGGUGGCCGAACAUUUUACUAUUACACUCAGUGGACCUUCACUCUGGUUACAAUUUAUUUUGGGUGUGCAUCUAUGUUAUCAGUGUAUGGAUGUUAUAUGUAUAAAAAAUCAACAGACACCGCCUUUAAUGAUAAUAUUGCUAGAAUAGAUGCAGAGCAAGGUCCGUAUAUGCCUCUCCCACACCAGGAUGCCGCAAAUGUAUCUAGAACGGAAUGCGUUGCCGAUCCUCACAGUAACAUACAAAACAAUCAAAUUGCACCCGUUUGGAGUUACAUUUUUCGAAUUUUAUUCCAGAUUAGUGCAGGAGCAGUCAUGCUUACGGAUUGCGUAUAUUGGAUCAUGAUUUUUCCAUUUCUUACCCUGAGAGAUUAUGAUUUAAACUUUAUGACAGUGAACAUGCAUACUGUAAAUUUAGUUUUGCUCCUUAGCGAUGCAGCUUUAAAUUGCAUGCGAAUACCUUGGUCUGGGAUGUCUUUCUUUGUGAUAUGGACAGGUGUUUACGUCAUUUUUCAGUGGAUAAUUCAUGCUUGCGUGUCAAUUUGGUGGCCUUACCCAUUUCUUGAUUUGUCAGCGCCUUAUGCACCUUUGUGGUACUUGUUGAUGGCAUUAAUGCAUAUUCCAUGUUAUGGCUUCUUUUUGGUGAUUCUAGAAACGAAACACUAUUUCUUGUCAAAAUGGUUCCCAUCCUCUUAUCAGAGCUAAAGAUUAAGUAGUAUUGAAGUCAAAUUCGAUCCCUUCAAACUCAAAUGCGGUUUAGCCUGCGCCAAAACUGAAUUCACUCUCUCAACUAUAAAUUGUUGAAAUCUGGUCUGGUGUCGGAUAAUCAAAAUGCUCAUCUGCUUAUGAGUCAUAACUCAUAAGUGUGUGCUUGUGUCCAUUGAGAUAAUAUGCUCAAUUACAGUCGAACUAAUAUAGUUUAAACAAGAGUUAUGAUGGUAAAAGUUACUUAUGUACAAUGAAAAAUGAAACGAAAGAAAAUAGGCAUUUAGAAAAUAGUUUACAAGUUGAUGCAUUGUAUCUCAAUGUCUUGUGAUCACUGAGAAAAAAUGUUCCAUUGUAAUCAACAGAUGCAGAGAAUCAAUUUCCGCUUUAUUGCAACCAA